CCACGCACUAGCCACGCCCGCGACUCCUUAUAAAAGCUCCAACUUAGAAUCAUCAGUAUUCACUUGACAAGAUUCUCUUGAACAAGCAGCAAUGGCAGCUAAGGUUGUAGUUCUUACCGCUCUGGUGGCUCUGGCCCAUGCCUCAGUAGUACCAGUAGCGAAAGUAGACACCGACUACACAAGCUUCGCGUACGAUGUGGCGGACCCCUACACUGGUGACUUCAAGAGCCAAGUGGAGACCCGUUCUGGAGGCGUUGUUCAAGGCCAAUACUCCUUGCUCGACGCUGACGGUACCAAGCGCACCGUUGACUACAGCGCUGAUGAUGUGAACGGUUUCAACGCGGUUGUACGCAAGGACCCCGCAGUGAUUGCGUCUGUUGCUGCUGCUCCCGCUGUCGUUGCUCCCGCCGUUGCUCCUGCUGUUGUUGCCGCCCGCACAUACGCUGCACCUGUCGUUGCCAGCGCUCCCGUAGUAGCGUCCGCCCCAGCCGUAGUUGCGUCAGCUCCCGCCGUUGUUGCCACCAAGGCUGUUGCUGCCCCUACUUUUUACGCAGCAUCAGCUCCGUCUCUGGUAGCAACUAGCUCAUUCGCCGCUCCUUCAUAUUACGCUGCCGCUCCCGCAUACUCGUAUGCUUCAUCUGCCCCAGUUUUUGCUCGCACAUACGCCGCUUCUGCCCCAGUAUUCAGUACGUACGCUGCGUCUGUUCCAGCUGUCUCUCAUUCUUCUUCUUAUUCUUCAUCUGGCCCAGUGUUCAGCUCUUACGCCGGUGCCCCUGUGAUUGCCCGUUCCUACGCUGCCCCCGCUCUUUACAGCACUGGUCACUCUCUCUUUGCCCCUAGCGCGUACGCCCGGUAUGCUUCUCCAUACUACUCAACCUACUGUAUCAGUCAAAUAGACAUAAUCACCAUGGCAGCUAAGUUCGUCGCCCUUCUCUGCGCUUUGGCCGUAGCCCACGGCUCAGUGGUGCCAGCUGACAACGAAGCGUCCAGCUUCGAAUACGGCGUGGCUGAUCCCAACACUGGCGACUACAAGAACCAAGUGGAGAGCCGCGUAAACGGCGUCGUCCGCGGCCAGUACUCCCUCAUCGAGCCCGACGGCACCAAACGCAUCGUCGACUACACCGCUGACGAUGUCAACGGCUUCAACGCUGUUGUACGCAAGGAGCCAGCAGUCAGUGGCGUCGUUGGUGCCGCUGCUCCCGCGGUUGUCGCCGCCCGCUCCUACGCCACUCCCUCCGUGGUCGCGCCCGUGACGUACGCCCGCUCCUACACUCCAUCUACCGUCGUCACGUCGCCCGUGUACGCUACCUCUGCUCCUCUGGUCGCUGCCCGCUCAUACGCCGCCCCCACUGUAUACAGCAGUGCUGCUCCCGCGGUUGUCGCCGCCCGCUCCUACGCAGCUCCCUCCGUAGUCACGCCCGUGACAUAUACCCGCUCCUACGUCGCUCCCUCCGUGGUCGCGCCCGUGACAUACGCCCGCUCCUACACUCCAUCUACCGUCGUCGCGUCUGCUCCUCUGGUCGCUGCCCGCUCAUACACCGCCCCCGCUGUAUACAGCAGAUCCUACUUGGCUCCCAGUGUUUACUCCCAGGCUUAUUCUCCCUACUACAACACCUACGGCACAUUCCCAGUCAAUUACAGCUACUAA